AUCGUUCCUUAAUCCACAAACGGUAAUUUAUCUGCAGUCGUACAGAAAAAUGGCAGCGCACGUGGCGCAAAGGUUAUGUGCGCGCCUGGACGCGACACAAGCGCGUGUCUCACGUCUCACUUCUCACUUUUUGUUUACACGGGAAGAAUCUGAUUUUCACGAUAAUGCAAGGCUUACCUUGUUCCGUCAGAGUGAUGUCGCGAUGGAAGAUACGAAGAUUAUUAAAUCACUUCUUUCAUCAGUCGUUUUCACUGUCAACUGCUGAUACGUCGCCGACUUCAUCAAUAUGUUCGUCAGAGAUGAAAAAGGCGAUAGAGAAAUGCUGGAGUGAUAAAGUUAAUCUUCACAAACCCAGUGUUAAUAACGCCAAGGAUAAAUUUUAUAUUCUUUCAAUGUUUCCUUAUCCAUCGGGUGCCUUGCACAUGGGUCAUGUGCGAGUUUAUACAAUAAGCGACACUGUAGCUCGAUUUUAUAGACUGAAAGGUAAGAAUGUAAUUCACCCGAUGGGUUGGGACGCCUUUGGAUUGCCAGCGGAAAAUGCUGCUAUUGAGAGAGAAAUCGAUCCUGCCGUGUGGACAAAUGAAAAUAUAGAGACAAUGCGCAACCAAUUAAAGAUGCUAAAUUAUUCUUUUGAUUGGGAUAGAGAAUUUGCAACCUGCGACGCGGAUUAUUACAAGUGGACCCAAGAACUGUUUCUCAAGUUGUACGAUAAAGGUUUGGCAUAUCAAAAGGAAGCCUACGUUAACUGGGAUCCUGUCGAUCGGACUGUCCUAGCGGAGGAACAGAUAGAUGCAAAUCAGCGAUCUUGGAGGUCCGGUGCGGUCGUGGAAAAAAAAUUGUUGAAGCAGUGGUUUAUUAGAACGACCGCUUUUGCAAAAUCAUUGUUGGAAGGUUUAGACGAUCCAACUUUGAAGGAAUGGAAAGAUAUUAUAAAAAUGCAAAAACACUGGAUAGGUGGUGAUUGCAAUGGCAUUAAUAUUGAUUUUAAAUUAGUAUCGAAAAUUCCAGAGUUCCCAGAGACAUUAAACAUAUGGAUCGAUAUGCCAGAAUUUGUGGAGUACGCAAAGUAUGUCGCUAUUUCACCUCAAAGUAUUUUACAUCGUAAAGAACACACGUAUGAAAUAGACGUCGGAAUAAAAGGUUUAAACGCAAAAAUAAUGAAUCCAUUUUCCGGCGAAGAAUUGCCGAUUUUUAUCACUGACAAAGUCGUUUACCCACCGUGGAGAGACACUCGUUUGGGUAUACCUUCUGCAUCGAUGGACGAUAUGAAAUUCUCGGAGUUGGUUGGAAUACCAUUUUCCCGGCAUUCGAUACGUAGCUACGAACAGCAACAGCAAAAGAUAUCUGAAGUAUUCCAAAAAGCUAGAGAAUGGGGAAUAGGCGGAUAUCCAGUGAGCUCGAGACUGCAGGAUUGGUUAAUCUCCAGGCAGAGGUAUUGGGGUACACCCAUACCUGUUAUUCAUUGUACAAAUUGUGGCGCGCAACCUGUACCUCGCGAUCAACUUCCCGUUACAUUGCCAAAAAUGACGCACUCGGGCUCGAAUAAAAGAUUGUCGAUCCACGAUAUGAAGGAUUGGUUGCAGACGAAAUGUCCCAAGUGCGGAGGAAAGGCGACUAGGGAAGCCGACACGAUGGACACAUUUGUGGAUAGCAGCUGGUACUUUUUAAGAUUUAUUGAUCCUAAAAAUACAAAAGAGAUGUUCUCAGUAGAAAAAGUUAAGGAAACUUUUCCCGUGGAUCUCUACAUAGGUGGAAAAGAACAUGCCGUGCUUCAUUUAUACUUCGCCCGGUUUAUGAGUCAUUUCCUGCACUCGGAAGGUCUUUUACCAUGCAGAGAACCAUUUAGACAGCUUCUCGUGCAAGGGGUAGUAAUGGGUAAAACGUAUCAAGUUUUAAGUACUGGCAAAUACGUGCCAGAAAAUGAGGUAAAUGUGAAAGGGGAUCAAUAUGAGACGAAGUCUGGAGAACUUGUCUCUAUGCGCUGGGAAAAAAUGUCAAAAUCGAAGCAUAAUGGAGUUGAUCCUCUUAAUUUGUUGGAUAAAUAUGGAAUAGAUACGACAAGAUUAUUAAUACUGGCCGAUGUUGCACCAACGUCCACUAGAAAUUGGUCAGAAAACACUAUUACCGGUAUAAACAAUUGGCAGAACCGUCUUUGGACCCUUGUUAAACGAUUUAAAGCUGAACGUGACAAAAUAUCUCCAAAGGAACUCGAAAGCAAACCUACCGAUCCUAAAUACGUCAAAGACGAUGCGUACAUGUUUGACAGCCGAAAUUAUUUUCUUAAAAACGUGACAUUUAAUAUAGUAGAAUCGCAGCAACUUAGUGUAGCAAUAUCUCGAAUGCAAGGUCUUACAAAUAGCUUACGAAAAGUUAGCAUAGAGUGUCUGGGAAAAAGUCGCGAAUUCGAACGAGCGUUAGCUGUUCAAAUUAUAAUGCUCGCUCCAUUCGCACCGCAUUUUGCUUCCGAAUUAUGGGCUAUUUUUCGUUCUGCAAAGCAUCAUCUUAUAGAUAAUACAGAAGUUGACUUCAACAAAGAUCUGUUCGGACAGAAAUGGCCAGAUAUUGACAUGGGUUACAAUCUCGUAAUGAACGUUUAUGUAAACAAAAGAGAAUUUCUUAAAAUGAAGAUUCCACGAUGUAAGUUGGAAGAAAUGACGGCAGAUACAGCGUUGGAAUACGUGAUUCUCGAUCCGUAUUAUCAAAAGUAUGCGUACAAUAAAAAUGUUGUAACGGUCAACUUUCAAUCAGGGAAAGGCUGUGAUGCAUCGUUGUACAUAACCAUGGAAAAACAGAAAGAAGAUUAGAUAACAGAUAAGCACACAUGGUAUUUUGUACACAUAAGAUAUUAAUAGAAAUUAUAUUAUACUUAUACAGAACUAUUUAUUAUACAAAGAAAGUUUUAUGUUCUAAGAAUCUAUGAUGGUUCAAUUUGUU